CGGCAGUGGCCUCCCUGCGCUCCGAGGUCCCGCCCCCGGCCUCAGCAUCUUUCCGGACGCGCGGAGCCGCCGGGGAAGAAGGAGGUUGGGCCUGGCGGCUCGGCCCCGCCUCGGCAGCCUCCAAUUGGGCGUGGGUGAGGGCACCCCCUCCCGCCGCCUUCCCAUUGGAGCGCGCGUGCGAGCGGCGCGCCCCAUUGGGCCGUGCGGAUUUGGGCACCAAAUUCAAAGAUUUUAAAAGUACCAGCUGGCGCCUUUUAGAAGCUAGAGCUCUGAGGAGCGGGUGGCCCGUUUCUCUGUCGCGGGCGCAGCUCCCUCACCUGAGGCGGACCCCACUUGCCCUGGCAUGAGCCGGUGCCCCUGCAGCUGCUCCCCACGGCCGCCCUCCGAUUCCUGUCGCUGCAGCUGCAGCGUCCUGACAGCCGCCGGACGCCCUCGCCCCUCGGACGUUUAUUUUGCAGUAUAAACUUCACACUCUAAAUCUACAACCAGCAUCCAGAUUUUGGAACCAAUGAAAGGAACCAAAGUUCCUUGGAGAAAUAAUAGAUUUUCUGGCUGGAACAGGAAAAAUGCAAGAUGAGCCUGGAGCAUCUUGUUUAGUGCCAAAAAGUUGUAAAGAAGAAAGUUCCACUGUCUCUGUCAAAAUGAAGUGUGAUUUUAACUAUAACCAUGUUCAUUCUGGAAUUAAACCGGUAAAGCCUGAUGACAAUAGAAGACAAGGUUCCUACACUACUGCGAAUUUGGAAGGUUCUUAUAAAGACUUCAUUAAAGACUAUGAAAGGUUAUCAGAUAUUGGGUCACCGAUCGUGAGCCCCAGGAUUGUAGAACUUGAAACUGAGAGCAAGCCCUUGCAUAAUAAGGAAAAUCUACAUGUACAGCAAACACUUAAUAGUUCGAACGACAUAGAAGAACUAGAGACCGGUGGACCUUAUGAAGACAGUGGCUACUCUUCAUUUUCCCAGCAAAGUGGCCUCAGUGAACAUGAAGACAGUAGCCUUCCCCUGGUGGAAAAUUUCAGUGACAGUCCACAAUCUUGCCUGCUACGGACACAAAGCCCAGACCAAUAUCCCAACAAAAACUUGCUGCCGGCUCUUCAUUUUGAAAAAGUGGUUUGUUCAACAUUAAAAAAAAAUUGUAAACGAAAUCCUAAAAUAGACUGGGAGAAGCUGAAGGAAUUUAUAUCCAGUGGAAAUUUUAGACUACAGAAUAUAAUUGGCAGGAAAAUGGGCCUAGACUGUGUAGAUAUUCUCAGUGAACUCUUUCGAAGGGGACUCAGACAUCUCUUAGCAAAUAUUUUGACACAGCUCAGUGAUAUGGACUUAAUCAAUGUGUCUAAAGUGAGCACAACUUGGAAGAAGAUUCUAGAAGAUGAUAAGGGGGCAUUGCAAUUGUACAAUAAAGCAAUACAAAGAAUUACCGAAAAGAACAUUAAGUUUUCACCACACGCUUCAACCAGAGAGUAUGUUUUAUUCAGAACCCCAUUAGUUUCCGUGCAAAAGUCAGCCACCCAGACUCUCCCCAAAAAAGACGCUCGAACCAAGUUACCUGAUCCAGGUGAUCAGAAAGGUUCUACUUACAGUCGACACAGUGAAUUCUCUGAGGUUGCCAGAACUUUGAAAAAGAACGAGAGCCUCAAAGCCUGUAUUCGCUGUAAUUCACCUGCAAAAUACGAUUGUUAUUUACAACGGGCAACCUGUAAACGAGAAGGCUGUGGAUUUGAUUAUUGCACAAGGUGCCUGUGUAAUUAUCAUACCACUGAAGACUGUUCAAAUGGCAAGCCCCUAAAAGCCAGUUUUAAAAUGGGUCCUUUGCCUGGUACUAAGAAAAGCAAGAAGAAUUUACGACGACUGUGAUCUCUUAAUAAAUCAGUUGUAAGUGAUCUUGAAGGUUAGUUAGAAAAUGUUAGGUUUUAACUUAAAAAAAUAAAAAAUAAAUGUACUGUGAUGUUCAAUUUUAUGUUGAAAUCAGUGUAGUACAUGGGAUUUUUUUCCCCCAGUGAGAAGAGAGGAUACACAAACUCUUAAAAUAUUUUACAAUUUAAUGUGAAAAAAUUCAAAAUUCUCAAUAUAAAUCAGAAAAUUUAAAUAUUUUAAGAAAAACUGUUUUUCUGAUGAUUGUGAUUCAGAGAUGAAAUAAAAUUGUCUCAAUUUUAUGGUAAAGGAGGACCAUGUAGUUUUACCUGGACAAUCUUAAAUGUAAAUCUUCUUUACCAUCCAUUAGCAUUUGAGACAUUUUAUUUGCUUUACCAAAUUAAUAAUACCUAUUGAAAUAUCAUCUUCUGGUGUCUGUUAAUUUAAAUGUUUUGUCACCUUUCUUGAACCUCUUUUUCAGUGUGUGUAUUUCCCAAAAAAGUAUCUUUUGUGAAAUCUUGCUUUUCAUUAUUCGUAAGGUUUGUAUGUUUUAAUAUUUUGUACAUAUGUAAAUAUUUCUGUAUUUUUUAUGUGCCAGAGUAAGAAAAUAAAUGUCUCUUUUGUAUAUACAUGUAAAUAAAUUUUUUUCCUGUUAUGAAUAAAAGUGUUACAAGCUUAAUAAAUAAUGUGAGUCUUUUAUUUAAACAUUUUAAUCCUAGAAACAGCUGAAGUAAGAAGCUGUAGGACACUGCCUGGUAUGUGUGAAGGCAUUGCGUGGAUCUUUGUCUCCUUUUCUGAGGACCUUGUGAGAUUACCAGGCUCUGUUCCAGGCUCUAUUACAGUUUUCUCCCCACCCAGUAUCCUAGUAGUUGUGUAGUUGGGUCUUGAAAUAAGCAUCUCAGGAUGGUUCAAUACAGGAAGACCAUAAAACACUCUUUGAGGAAUACUGGUGUAUUAAUUCAUUCAUCACUAAACCAGUUAAACUGCAUGGCUUAAACAGCCACAAAAGAAAUAUAUAAAACUAUACUAGAAAGAUUAAAAACAGUAUGUAGAAUAAAAU